AUGUCCGUGCUGACACCAGAAGGUGAAGCUCAACUUGAUCUCCUACAACUGUUAACCUCAAUGUAUACAUCUACCGAACUUCAUCUACCUGAAACGACUCAAUCGAUACUGGAUACAUACCUUGAAAAUCCAGAUGCUACAGAGACUUCGAAUGAGGACUUGCAAGCUGAGCUAAAACUACCUAUAGACGAAUUUCUUUCUGGUUCAGAAGAAGUAAUUUUCCAGAUCAAUUUACCUCUUUCCGCUGAAAUCCAUGAGAGAGUGACGAUACGGCCUAAACAACCUACUUUUUUGAAUAGAACCGAAUAUCAAACUCUCUUGGAGAAGAUAGUACCUUUUGGUCAUGGAGAUGAAGAACAAGAAAAAGAACCAAGUGAAUAUAUCUUGAAUACUAUUGAAUCUGUCAGAUCGUCCCUCCAAGCCUUACUAGUUUUGAAAGCGACGAAGAUGACAUCGGAAGACGAUGUGGAAGUGGAAGAGAAGGAUACAGACUUGAUCAGAGUCUGGUUUUGGCUGCCGUCACUUUCAACAAGAGAGAAAAGAGAUGAUAUGGUUAAUUUCGCUAAAGAAGUGGGACUGACCGGAUUCGUUUUAGCUGGUAAACCCGGUAUACUAUGCGUUGAAGGGACUAGUACGAUAAUAGAUAAAUAUAUGUCUAGGAUCAAAUCUGAAUCAUGGUCAGAUAUACCAAAACAUCAUAAGAAGAUAACUGAAAGACUACGUCGGCCUCUGAUUGAUACCCUCUCAAGAGCCUUUAUCGAUAUGAAAGAAAUAACAAAUAUAAUACCGCAUUACGGGCAAUAUAAUCAUCGAGGAGAUAUGAGUGAAGUCAAGAGGUUGAUGGAUCAAUGGGGUGUAGGUGAUGAUUUCGGUGCAGUAGUUAUGAACAGUGGUUCAUAA